ACAUGAUGUUCAUGCUCACUCCAAAACAAAUUACAAGUAAUUAAAAGGUUAAAGUGAGAAAAAAAUGGUGCUUCUUGAUCAACUGUGGGAUGAUGUUGUGGCCGGGCCGCAGCCCGACCGCGGCCUCAAACACCUCAAAAAGGUGUACACAAGCCCCAAAGACGGAGGAGAGGGCAGUGGCGUGGUGUACCAGAGGUCUCUGUCGAUGCCGUCGAGCCCAUCGACGCCGGGAACGCCGACAAAUAUGUCGCCGACGGCGGGGAAAAAGGACAAUGUGUGGCGGAGCGUCUUCAACCCGGGAAGCAACCUCGCCACCAAGAACGUCGGAUCUGACUAUUUUGACAAGCCGCAGCCCAACUCCCCUACUGUCUAUGAUUGGCUUUACAGUGGGGAUACUAGGAGCAAGCACCGUUGAAAGUAGUAGAUAAUGGCGGAAUUUCAAUGCAUGCAUUGCCCACAUUUAAUUUUAGUGGGUUUUAGUUUUAUUAUUGUAAAUAAAGUCACCUCUAAAUUUGGUGGAAUUAUGUAGGUUUUGUUGAUUUUCUUAUUUUUGUAAAUAAAGUAGUUAUGUUAUAGGUUAUUGUGAUCUACAUAUUAUCAUGUAAUUUUCCUUUGUUGUUUGCUAUGAAAAUAAGGUUUAUUGUAACUUUUUGUCGCUUCUCGUAAUGGAGCUUUUAUUUUCUUAGAA